AUGCCGUCUAAGAUCGUAUUUGACACCGAGGAUCUGGUCCAGGAGGCGGAGAUGGACACCGUCAGCGAGGCGAAAGCCCUGAAGGUGAGAUCAGAGGCUCCGAACAGCGAGAAACACCGAGAGAUCCACGUCGCUCACGGCGGCUCCCUGUUUGACAACAUGUGGCCGAACGUGCUAACCAGGAAGCUAGGCCGCCCGGCUAGCUUACUUUUCAAAAUGGCUCCCAAUUCCAAUUUUUCUUUUUUGCGGGCCUUGCCUAAAGUGACCGUUGUGCUGGCUGGGGUCAUAGUGCUGUUUUUAAUGUACUUUUGGUCUUUUCCAUCUCCAAGAUGUCACCCUCCCCCAAAAGGUGCGACAAGGCAUACCAACACGUCACUGGUUACAACCUCCCCAAGCAGCCUCGCAGCGAUGAAGAAGACUAACAAACCUGUUGUGCUGCUUUGGUUUUGGCCCGAUGACAAACAAUUCGAUUUUCAACUCUGCAAGGAUUUAAAUAUCAACAGCUGCAACCUGACGGAUGAUAGAUCCUUAUACUCCGUAGCUAAUGCAGUUGUGAUAUUUCACAAAGCUAUCAAAGAUGACCUGUCCAAUCUUCCCACCACGCCAAGGCCCAAAUUCCAAAGGUGGAUCUGGUUUAACAUGGACCCACCCACCAGGACACGCAAGAUACCAGGCAUCGAAGCCUUUUUUAAUUUAACCUUGAACUACAGGCGGGAUGCAGACAUCCCUGCUCGCUUGCAACUGACCGCCAAGAAGCAAAUAGAUAAGGAAUUUGAGCUGCCUGAAAAAGAUCUAUUGGUUUGUUGGAUUGUGAAUGCAACUAACCUUAACACAAGCACAGAGGCUAGAUUCAGCUACUACCGCGAGCUGGCAAAACAGGUAAAGGUGAACAUCUUUGACAGCUCCUCUGCCAAGAACUUGAAGGGAGAGAACUAUUUCAUAACUAUAAGUAAAUGCAAAUUCUUCCUUUCCUUCGAGGAUUCAGUUCACCCAGAUUACAUCACAGAAACAUUCAAUGGUCCUCUUUCAGCAGGCACUGUACCAAUUGCUUUGGGCCCACCCAGAAUAAACUAUGAAAAUUUUUAUCCAAGUACUUCCUUCAUACACAUAAAUGACUUUUCUGGUGCCUUUACACUGGCUGAGUAUCUCCUCAAAGUGGAUGAGGAUAAUGAGGCUUAUAUGAAAUACUUUCAGUGGCGCCGAUUCUAUAAUGUCAGGCGCCGUUUUAAUGAGGAGAAUCAAGAGUUUGCACACGCUGUCUGUCAGGCAUGUCAUCACAUAGUCUUAACCAAUGAAUUCCGAGUUGUACGUGAUCUCUACAAGUGGUACUUAAUUUGA